CCUAAGAAGGGAAUUGUUAGCAGAAUGACUGCGAGAGAUGAAACAUAUUUGUGGAGAGAGAAGAUUGAGGAGAAGCUCAAACGGGAUCAAGAUCUGCUGACAUUCGUUAGCGACAGCCUCAAAAGAAGUGAACAGCUGACUAAAGGCAUGGUGUCCAUUCUCUCAUCGUUGGAGGGCCGUUUGGAGCACCUGGAGAACUCGGUCAUUCCCAUGCACGACAGCACACAGAACCUACUGCAGCUGAAGGGGACAAUGCAGAAGACAUUAUUCUACCUAGAUGAUGCCAUCAGCCAUUACCAAGCCGUCCGAGACACAGACAAGGUCAUCAUACAGGGGCCUACAGGAAGACUUUCUGACUAUCUAGCCUGUGUUCACCGACUCAAGAAAGCAGAGGCGUACUUUCAACAGGAAGACCCGGACGGGCCUGAGCUGAAUAUGCUGAGAGGCCGUUUAGAGGGUGCCAAGUCACAGCUGGAGUCCGAGUUCCAAGUCCUGUUGGGGCGCUACAGCAAGCCAGUGCAGACAGUCAAAAUCCUGGAUGUCCUGGCCAAAAAGUCACUGAAUGGGUCUGCAGGCGGAGUGGAGGAGGUACAACUCAUACCCCAAACUAGGCUUCAAGACAUCAUCUCCAUCUCCACCUGGCUGAUAGGUGAGGAUGCAGCUCUGACAGCUAAGAGGAGAGUCUCUGCCAGCAAAUUCAAAACACGGUCACUGGAAAGAAACCCAUCCCACCACUCUCUGGGAAAACUGGAGCCCAGCAGCUUUUUCACCAAGAAGUCCUACUGCUCCAAACUCAAAACACAGUCUCUAGGCAGAAAGCCAUCAAUAGAAAACAAGUCAUCAAUGGACUCUCUUGGAAAACUGAAAGCAAACAGCUUGUUCACCAAGAUGCUCGGCCUGAAGUCAAUUGGUAAAUUCAAAACACAGUCCCUGGACAGAAAGCCAUCACUAGACAAGAAUUCAUCACUAGACUCCCUCGGAAAACUGGAAUCCAGUAGCUCUUUCACCAAGGUAUCCACCUCGAAGCCAUGCAGCAGACUGAAUAUUCCCGAUAUUAGGCAACCAUCUUUGGAGUCCAUCCCAUUUCUGCCUAGAGACUCCACCUCCCAUACCUUCCCAUCCUGCAAACCCAAUCCCCCAGCUUCCACCUCCUACAUCCUGCCAUACUUCAGACCCAAGCCCAGCCCAGUCUUUGACCCCAAGGCCCACUACGCCAAGGUGCGCUCCAAUCAGUUGGACUGCUCCAUGAAGGGUUUGAAGGACCACAAGAGUAGGAACCUCCUCUGCCCGGUGCUGCAGAGCAAGCGUGUGGAUUCUGCCGUCAAGAAGAACAAAAAAACAGGGCGGGACAGCAUAUUAGACAUUGAGAUUGAAACCUACAUGGCCUGCAUCACAGCCUUCUUGUCCCUGGCCAAGAGUGAAUACACCAUGGUGUCCAAAGUCUUCCCUCUGAACUGCUCCAAUACCUUUGAAACUCUCAUCCAGGUGGCUCUGAACCAGCUGAUCCAGAAUGGGGAGAACAUCGUGUCCUCUGUCAGACGAGCCUGUUCACAUCACGAUUACACAGCCCUCGUCGCCAUGUUACCUGUCCUGGGCCGUCUCCUGGAGGAGGACAAAGAGUUUAACACAUUACUAAAGUGCACAACAAGCGGCACCUUGGCCAAGCUUUCCAAACUCAUUACAUCUAUGAAGACCCUGGCAGUCAGAGCACUGAAGGAUUUUUCUGCUCAAGUCAAGAGCAACCCUGAUAGGGAGAGUAUGUCCAAGGAUGGAACGGUUCAUGAAUUCAACAGCAAUACCAUUCUCUUCCUGCAGCAGUUGCUGUCCUUUGCAGAUGCUGUUCGGUCCAUCCUUUAUCCUCAUGAUGUAGACAGUGACACAGUAACUAUGGAGGUGUCCAGUAGUGUUCAAGUGGACAUUCAACACGACACUGAUGCAGAUGAAUCAGAAGAACAGCCAUCAGACAGUCAGGAGUCCAAGGGGAAUGACAAUCAGAGAGCACUGAGUCCUUAUGUCUGUAAAGUGCUGGAGCAUCUCCAGUACAACCUACAGAGUAAGGCCAAGGUGUACGAGGACCACGCUCUCGGGGCCAUCUUCCUCCUCAACAACUACAACUACAUCCUCAAGUCAAUGAAGAAGUCAUCUCUGUUUGAAGUGGUUAAAACCAGCGGCAGGGAUCCAGAGGUUGAGUACGGGGAACUGAUUGAGCAACAGAAGCGGGCGUACCAGCACAGUUGGUUGAAGGUGACCGAGUGCCUGACUGAAAAUAAUCUGCCCACCUUUAAGCCAGGUGACAAGUUGAAAGAAAAAGACUGUCAGGUGAUUAAAGACAAGUUCAAGAGCUUCAACGAGGGCCUGGAGGAACUGUAUAAGGCUCAGAAGGCGUGGGCCAUCCCAGACAGAGAGCAGCGCCAGGCCAUCUGUCAGGCCCAGAGAGAGAUGGUGUCCAAGGCCUACACAGCCUUUCUGCUGAGAUGUGACCAUGCUGAUUUCUCCAAACACCCUGAGAGAUACCACAAAUACAGCCCAGCGCAGGUGGAGGAGAUGAUCGUGAGACUAUUUGAUAUCUCAGCCUGAGGUUGAGAACCUGCUUAGUUAGGAGAUAAUAUAAGGCCUUCACAGGAAAUAACACACUGUUCAUUUGUUUCCACACUACUAAUACAGUCCACUUUACAUGUAUUCAUUAGAGUUCUAAGGUUCUAUUCUGGGGGAUUAUAGCACUACAGUCCCCAUUACAUGUAUUCAUUAGAGCCCUAAUUGCUAAAUGUAUUAUUACACAUGACUGGCUAGUUCUAAACAUGUUUAAAUAAAUAUUGUUAAAGCCCUA